CUAUCGCUUUAUUUUACGAGCGUGCAUUAGAUGAGUUAUAUCACGAAACAGGGGUCGAUCAGGCGGCAAUAUGCGAUAACCUGAACAAACAUUAGAGAGAGCAUAGCACCGAUAAGAUAGCAAACAAGGCGACCCGAACUCAUCUUUCUAGUAUUGUGCGUACCGGUGCAGCUCAUGGUUCUGCGUGCAGCUCCACAACCCGCUUUACAUGCAUAUCCUGGAAGGACACUUCCCUGCAGCACUACCAGAUGCGUGCUUGGCUAUUCAUGCUGGUGGUGUCCAUCGUCUCUGCAACAGCAUCACGGCGCCGGGGGACACACGGCAUCAGCAAUAGUCAUCCGAUGUCGCCCAACGAUCUGGGACUGGAGGCGUCGGACAACGACGAUUUAGAGUUCCCCCCCGAGUCGCCCGACCCGAGGCUGGACCCGCGGCUGGCCGACCUCAACGCCACGGCGCUGCUGCGGCGGCUGGACCAGAGGUUCAACCCGCACAUGUUGUCUGUGGAACGGCCGUACUCGAUCAGUAGCCGCGAGUACGACUUCCCGUUCCGCAAGAACAAACACGGCCGGCUGGUGCCCAAGCACCCGCUCGAGAUGCCCAAAUACCUGAAGGGCGGCUUCAAAAGCGUGACGAUGCCCAACGGCAAGAAGACGCCGACCAUCGUGCAGUCGGACAGGCUCAACCUGAAGAUCCAGACGACGCUGUGGGCGCACACCGCGUGUCCGGUCGAGUUCAGGUGGCGCGACCUGGGCAAGCGCUUCUGGCCGCGCUACAUCAAGAGCGGCAGCUGCGUCAACGACAAGGCCAGGUCCUGCUCCAUUCCGCCGGGCAUGAACUGCCAGCCGGCCGCCAAGAUCAAGCUCAGCCUGCUCAGGUGGUUUUGCAGACCGAGACGCGCAUGCUCGUGGCACGAUUUUGAGUUGGAAGUCGUGAACAAAUGCGAGUGCAAGUGUCCCAAGAACUAACUGCGUGCGGUCGCGCACCGCAGACUUUUACCCGCAGUGUUGGAAGGGUGCGGCGAGGGCGGAGGGUGCAUGCACCGUAGUCUAUCUUGUUACACGCGCAUUACGCAUCGCAAGCCCAACUCACUUCCGCCUCUGCGCCUUUCAGUAUUUUUUUCAGGACUGACGGCUUCGCCGCUGAUUGUAUAUUUCCGCUGCUGCACACUUUUAGUAGAACGAGAACUGGAAUUAAGCGUUACGACUUGUAAAUAGUACUCUAUAAGUUGGCCGCGCACACGGAAGCUCAAAAGGACUGAAAUUUGAGUGCCAUGAAUACCGCAAAACUAUUCUCAUUGUCAGCGCACAUUCCUACGUAAGCGUGAAUGUUAUACUGCUUGUGCAUGUUGUUUGAAGUUGAAAAAAUGAGCCGUUGUAAAAAUAAAACUCGAUUAAGCAGGGCAGACAAAGAAUUGGUCAAAUCCAACCAUUAUAGCAAUAAAUAAUGUGUAUGAAGAUUA